AUGCUGUCAGCCCAGAGCCUCAAGUGGGGCUCAAACUCAUGAACCAUGAGAUCAUAAACGGAGCUGAAACCAAGAGUCACACGCUUAACUGACUGAGCCAUCCAGGCGACACCCCCCUAAAUAAUGACUUUUUCAGACAUACCAAAGCUAAAAGAGUUCAUUGCCUGAAAGAAGUCUUUAAGAUAGAGAAAAAAUGACAGCAGGUGAAAAUAGGAAUCUACACAAGGAAAGAAAGACAUUGGAAAUUGUAGCUAUAUGACAAUAUGAACAAUUGCUGGGAAUAAUGCAUGGGGAUAGUUUGGAAAGUUUUGAUUUACAAUGCUAAACUAUGGGAUUUUGUUCUCCAUGAAGGAAUAUGCUUAUUUUCUAAAGGAAAACCUCUGAUAAUAUAAUUUUAUUUAGCCUUCCAGUAAGUGUCAAACACAGUAAACCUGUCUCCAAAUUAAAAAGAAAAAGUCUUUACAAGAAUUUUAAGGAGAACAGAUCCCCACCCUGGUAAUCACAUGCACUUGAAACAGCUGUGGCAGGGGGAAGGCCACCACCACUGAGGCAAAAUUUCAAACACAGUUCUCAGUUCUCAGGCUGUUGUCCUGAGUAGGGAAAAUAACUGAAGUACUCCGCAAUAAGAGAAAGGAUAAAAAGUGAUGGCGGGGCACCUGGCUGGCUCAGUCGGUUGAGCAGGUGGUUCUUGACCUCGGUCAUGAGUUUGUUCCUCAUGUUAGGUGUAGAGAUUACUUAAAUAAACAAACUAUGGGAAAAAAAUAAAUGAAGGGAAUCUAGGAUGGAAAACAAUGCUGCCACUAUAAAAAACACCCUAGGAGAAAGCUUAUAGGAAUGGGAAAAUAUUCCCUAUAUAUUGUUAAGCAACAAACAAACAAAAGAACACAACAACAAAGAACACCAAAAGGAGAAAAGAAGAAAAAAAGCAGAACAUAAAAUAGUAUGUAUCCUAUCACACAUUUUAGUUUUAAAUUUAACCAGACACAAAAUAAUAGUUGGACAUUGGUGAAUAUGAAGAGUAUCUUCAACUGGUGAGAUUACAGCUAACUUGUUUUUGUUUUUUUAAGAUUUGUGAUUUUCUCAAAUUUCCUAAUGUUUCUGUAUUGAAAAUGUGUUACUUCUCUAAUAAGGAAAAGAAAUGAAGAUGUUAUUUAAAAUAUUGGCUCCUUAAAUCAGACAUUCUGAGGUUUCUUUACAGACUCACCAAAACCCACUUCUUGCUGCAUUGGGGACUGCACACUCAGCUAGACUUUUGGACUCCUCCUCCAGGGAUUUGGGGUUUUGGUUUAGCUUCAGUUCCUCUCCUCAACUCUGACCUUACAGGAGUGGUCGCUGUAGAUGCGAACCACCCACACACUCACCUUCUGAACCCACGUCGGCUGCAGUGGCCACACUGGGCUAGGUCACAGGUGGGCACUACCUCCCUGCCCCUGGACCUGAGAAGCCUCCAGCUGGACGCCUCACCCCCCCUCCUCACAGAAGGAAUUUCAACCGCUCCAGGACUCCUGGGGAGAGAGAGGACCUUCAUUUCCCUCCUGCUUGGUGAUCACAUGUUUAUGUGCCCUCUGCUAACCACUACUGAGGGCUCUUUGGUGAAAAUGGCCCUGAGAUUACAAAGACUUUGCUGGAGAUCAGGCACCAGUGCUGUGGUGACUUUCUCUGCUGCUCCUUGUGAACCAGCAGACCCAUGAGAUUCACAGGAAGGUUCAUAUAGGCAAAGACUCAUCCUUCCCAGCAAUGCUGCAUAAGUUUGGCCUGGCUGAUUCCUCACCCCUUGUUCCCAACGUCCUCGAUUCCCUCUGGACUGAAAGCAAGAUGCUCCUCCCACCCUUCUUUUCUUAGAAGCCAAGCCCCUUUGUAAUCUAUAUAAGAUUCAUACCCCGGGGAUCCAGGGAUUGCAGAGACUGGCCUUCUGCUCUCACCUGGAGACGAAGCUAGAGACCCAGCUAGGCUCUCCCAGGGAAGUGAGACCACCAUGGCUCAGAAAAGGUUCUGCAUCUGGUUCCCAUUUCUGGUCCUGGUGCUGCUGGCGCUGGGGUACGUCCAGCCUUCUCUGGGCAAGGAAUCCCGGGCCAUGAAGUUCCAGCGGCAGCACAUGGACUCAAAACCCACCAACUACGGCCCCAACUACUGCAAUGAAAUGAUGAGGCGCCGGCAAAUGACAGAUGGACGGUGCAAGCCAGUGAACACCUUUGUACACGAGCCUCUGGCAGAUGUCCAGGACGUCUGCCUCCAGGGAAAUGUCACCUGCAAGAAUGGGCAGCCCAACUGCCACCAGAGUGUCUCAAAGAUGAAUAUCACCGACUGCCACCUGAGGCGUGGCUCCAGAUACCCCAGAUGUACAUAUGAGACCACCCAGGAAGAUAAAUACAUCAUCGUGGCCUGUGAGGGGGACCUGUACGUGCCAGUCCACUUUGAUGAUUCUGUUUAGGUCUCCACCUGAGGCCGGAGCAGUGAGAUGCACCCCCUCGCCACUGUGACCCCUGCGUCUCCCCUCUCCCUUCCCUGCCCUGAGGGAAAUAACUCAAGUUGGUGCUCCUCCCCAGUACACAAAU